GUUGGAAACUUCUUUUCUGCUGGAAGACGAAGUACACAGCCUAGUGAUGAUCGAGCGCGCUUGGCGAAAGUUUAAGGCUGUCGCCUGGUUAGUACAGUCAGCCUUCUGGCCUGGCAGUUAGCCCCUCCUCCGUCGUGACAAGUUUCACUCGCCGUGCUAUAUAACCUUUGGACUCUCCUACCCUGAUAUGUGUGCACCCAGAUACCUGAUAUAGUCAAUUAUAGUCUCCCUUAUUAUCCCACAGAAUGUCGACGCGGGAUAUAUUACACUAUGAAUACACGGUCGCCUGUAUAUGCGCAUUGUCGAUCGAACAGGCUGCUGUGACAGCCCUACUCGAUGACGUCCACAGUCCACUUCCCCAAUCGGAUAUUGACAGUAAUAUCUACACUCUUGGGAGCAUGAGUGGACAUAAUAUAGUAAUUGUCGGCCUACAAUCCGGUGUCUGUGGAACGACUUCUGCCGCAUUUUCGGUGGCUCAUAUGAGACGAACAUUCCCCUCUAUUAGAUUCGGGUUGAUGGUCGGAGUCGGAGGGGGGGCACCUUUAAGCGGUGCCGAUGUUCGCCUUGGCGAUGUGGUCGUCAGUAUGCCUACUGGAAAAUACGGCGGUGUGAUUCAGUAUGAUUAUGGGAAGAUGUGCUAUGGACACUUGGAGCCCAUGGGUUUGCUCAACAAGCCGUCUCCGCUUCUCCUAACCGUCCUUUCCAAAAUGCGGUCAUCCUACCUAUUGCCGGAGACAAAGACUAAGCAGAUAGUUUCUGAUGCCUUGCAGGAACACCAGGCAACUAGGCACUUUUCUCGCCCAAACAAGGACUGGCUCUUUCACGCAAUGUAUGAGCAUCCAAGGGGCAACCCGGACUGCUCAUCAUGCGACAAAAGUCAACUGGUUUCGCGUGAGCCGCGGGCAAGUGAUGAGCCGCAUAUUCAUUACGGCCUAAUUGUGUCAGGUAAUCAAGUCAUGAAGGAUGCGCAGGCGCGAGACUCCAUUGCCAAAGAUCUCCACGCCCUCUGUUUUGAAAUGGAGGCGGCGGGAAUUAUGGAUCAGCUUUCAUGUUUAGUAAUACGGGGAAUAUGUGACUACUGUGAUUCUCAUAAGCAGAACGACUGGCAGGGCUAUGCAGCCCUUGCCGCAGCUGCUUAUACAAAGGCACUAUUAUCACUCGUUCCCCUAGUGAAGGACACCGUAUGCCAAGAGAAAGGGUUCGGAUUUACUGAAAGGGAAAAGGUGUUUUUGAAAAAUCUGUUCAUCACUGAUCCUGAGGAAGACAUGAGCUCCUUGAAGCGGAGAAAAGGAAAUCGCACUCCAGGGACCUGCAGCUGGUUUUUGGAGUCAAGCGAGCUCAAAUCUUGGUUUCAGCGAGAUGAAGACAUUGAUGGCCUGGAACAAAAUGUUUUCUGGUUAUAUGGUAACCCGGGGAUCGGCAAGUCGACAAUGGCCAUGACACUUGUAGAGGAGCUACCGGAGAAAGAUUAUUUCGUGGACGGACAUAAUAUUCUGUCUUUCUUCUUUUGCGAAGCCAGCUCGGAGCGCCAGCGAGAGGCGACAUCCAUCCUAAGGGGCCUCAUAUAUCAGAUACUUAAUCAAUAUCCGCCUUUCAUGAGGAUUGUCAUGUCGAGAUAUGAGGUUCGAAGCGAUGACUUUGUUACUUCAUUUGAUACGCUAUGGGCCAUAUUGAUGGAUAUGGGAAGAGCAGCUGAGGGGCCCGAGAUAUACUGCAUCAUUGAUGCCUUGGACGAAUGCGAAGCUGAUUCCCAGGAAAUGCUGCUUCACCAAAUAUACCAGUCAUUCAGUGAAGAAGGCCUAACAAGUUCAGCCCGACACAAGUUACACAUGCUGAUCAUCAGUCGUCCAUAUCCUAACCUUGAGUGUUGCCUAUCUAUCUUCAGAUGUAAAGACCUAGGGACUUGCGAAGACGUAAAGAGAGAUCUGCAAAUUAUGAUACAGAAUACGGUGAAAAAGCUUGCAACGAGAAAUAAGUACACUGAGCCUGUUGCUUGGGAAGUAUCUCGCAUCCUUGAAGAGAAGGCGGAUGGAACCUUUCUCUGGGUCGGUAUUGUUUAUAACGAAUUGAGAUCGGUGAGGUCGAGGAAGGUAAUCGACACACUCCAGGCUUUUCCACGAGGGUUGCAUUCUUUAUAUCAAAACCUGCUUGAUGCAGCUGUCACAUCCACCACAGUCUAUGGCUCAGAGGAUUACCCACUUAUCAAGAGAAUUUUGGAGUUUGUUGCAUUCGCAAUGCGACCGCUGACGUUGGUGGAAAUAGCUGGGGCAUGUCGACUAUACCUUGACAAAGAUCUUGAAACUCGCCUUCAGUUCACGAGAGACAUUAUUGGAUUGUGCCAUCUGUUGAUUGUCGUUGACAAUGGCCAUGUGCGAAUGCUGCACAGGUCGGUUCAAGACUUUCUGCUGUUGGAAAUGCAGGAUAUCAACCCUAGAGGAUCAAAUUAUGCUCUUUCAUAUCGGUGCAUCGAGGUUAUCCUUCAGUAUUGUCGACCAGACAUGGAUAUGUCAACACUGGAACCUAGCCACGGCUUCCUUGGUUAUUCAGUACUGCACUGGCCGGAACAUGCAAACCUAGCUCAAACAGAAUUUACUGUUUCAAAGGAGAUUGAGCAAUUUUUUCGAAACCGACUCGGGUCGUGGAAAUGUUGGCUAGAUAGUCACAACUACUUAAAAAGAGGCUCUGGGGGUGAUUUGGGCACUGGGCUCUCGGUCAUUCAUGUUGCAGCUCGCUGGGGGAUUAUCCCAUUACUCUCGUGCUUUCAAGAUGAGCUGGAAGAAAAAGAUACGCAUGGCGGAACCCCUUUGCUCACUGCCGCUCAACACUCUCAACUUGAAGCCGUAAAACUUUUAGUUGAAUCUGGAGCGUCUGUGAAUGCUCUAGAUGACGAUUAUCAAAACGCACUCCAUCUGAUCUGCAAAAAUAGCCGAGACAAUGACUGCGAACUGGCCGACUUUCUGCUUAAAAGCCGGGUCUCCCAAUAUGCGCGUGACAAAGAUAAUAUGACGCCUUUCCUUUAUGCCAUUGGGAACUCAGAUCCAGAACUUGCACAAGUUUUCCUUCAGAAUGGAUUCGAGGUGAGCCAAAGAAUUGAAAGACAAUGGUGGCCUGGACGAACAACAGUGAGCAUCAUUACGCACAGCUUUCAGGACCAGCAAGUCGCAGCUCGAGCGAAUGUAGAUUCCGGUCUAACAGCACUUCAUUUCUCUGCAUUGAACGCAUGCACGAAAACGACCACUUUUUUGCUCCGACAUGGGGCCGAUCCGAAUGCUCGUUCCGAUUUUGGCGAUACGCCACUACAUCUUGCAAUCAGGCGCCAUCUUCUAGGUCGCAAAUAUGAGGAUGUCUGGGAGAAUGGCAAAUACGCCAUUGAGUCUUGGGGAGGUUUGAUCACGGACUUUGAAAGUGAAGAAGCUUUCAAUAUCUUCCGAUACAUUGACAAAACUCGAAUACAUAUUGUUGAGAUACUCCUAGAGAGUGGGACUAUCGACGUCAACUUGGCUAACCUUGGUGGGGAUUACCCUCAACAUGUGAUAGACUUUCAAAAAGAUUAUGCGUGGUCAAUUUUACGCAAGCUCAUUGAGAAAGGAGCUGAUAGUUCACAAUUGAACGGAUCGCAUCAGACGUGUCUCCACCUUGCCAGCAGGGCAGGUAACCUAGAGGUUGUGCGCAAUCUUGUAGCAAACGGCCACGAUAUUCUGCUGAAGGAUAUCCAUGGGCUGAAUCCAUUCCACUAUGCACUGAAUUAUAGUCGCUUAGAUGUCCUGCAGUACAUGUCAGAGGCUCGCGAGAGCGAGCUUUCGCAGCUUUGGCACUCGCUGGAUGACCACGGCAGGAGCCCAUUGCACCAUCAUGUCUCAUCCGUCCUCUGCUAUGUUGAUGCAGUUGAUUUCCUGAUACAGUGUGGUUGCGACGCCAACAAACCAGAUGCAAAGGGAAACUCUUGCCUCAGUCUGUAUGUGGGCUCUUUCCACCUAAAGUUUGACAGGGAUAUCUUUUACCUACUCAUAUGGAAAGGUGCUGAUCCACUAUGGGUCAAUGAACGUCAAGAAAAUCUGGCGCAUCUUCUUAUGCAUCAUAACGGAGCAGAUCAUGAAACACUCAAUUUACUGUUUGAGUUAGGUUUGGACCCAGCAGCACGAGAUACUGAUGGCAAGACUUUUAUACAUCAUGGGGCAAUUCAUGGUGCGUUCACCGAGGAACUUGUAGAGUUCCUUGAAUCAAUAGAUGCCUUGGAUUUGCAUACCAGAGACUCGAUUGGCAAGACCCCCCUCGAUUACGCCGAAGAGAAGGCUCAUCAGAAAUUUUCGGACGUUAUUCUCUUACAUUUUGCUGGGAAAUGGAAAGAAUCUUUUAAGAAUUUGAGCGCAGUGGCUAGUACGCUCCUAUGAUGGGGUUUCUCGCUUGCAAUUAGCAUCCGUCUUAGAACGUGCAGAUAUCCCUUUCAAAGCGAAAACGAUAAUAAGACCGGAUGAUAGGACUCCUAGUGCUCGUCCUAGGCAUACAAUCCCAUGCGCGGCAGUGGCUAGUCUUGAUCUAAAGGAACUUCCUGUAGAAAGAGCACGUAUUUUCCAGAUCUUAAACUACCUUCAAUAAGGGCAGCUUGUUUUUCUCGUUCGCGUUGGUCCCUCUUUUCCUUUAGUUGCUUCAAGAUAGGAACAAUUACUUGAGGCUGCAGUUUCGGUUUGAUGAUGUUAUUUGAUUCUAUCUCUGAGACCUUAAACAUGAGUACCAGUGUAACUGGUCUGUGUCGAGAGAGGAUUUGUGAGUUUUAAAUCAGGGUUGAACUAUGAUAUAUCCUGUAUAGCCUAGACUCCUGCUUCUUAGUC